UCAAUUUAAAGUUAUCGAUAACUUACUUGCAACACUUUACAACCAAAACAAAAUAAUCACAUUAAAACAGUUUAGGAUGCGAAAGUGAAUAAGUUUUUAAUAACAUAAUGGCAAAUCGUACAGUGAAAGAAGCCAAAAAUAUUCAUGGAACAAAUCCACAAUAUCUUGUUGAAAAAAUUAUACGUUCUCGCAUUUAUGAUUCGAAAUAUUGGAAGGAACAGUGCUUCGCGCUCACCGCCGAACUGUUGGUGGAUAAAGCUAUGGAGCUCCGAUUCAUCGGUGGUGUCUUCGGCGGAAAUAUAAAGCCAACACAAUUUCUUUGCCUCACACUUAAAAUGCUACAAAUUCAACCAGAAAAGGAUAUUGUGGUGGAGUUCAUAAAGAAUGAAGAGUUUAAAUACGUUCGUGCACUGGGAGCGUUUUAUUUGCGUCUCACUGGCAGUGCUUUGGAUUGUUAUAAGUAUUUGGAACCUUUAUAUAACGACAAUCGUAAACUCCGCCGUCAAAACAGGGCAGGUCAAUAUGAAAUUGUUCACAUGGAUGAUUUUAUAGAUGAGUUGCUCCGCAGUGACCGUGUGUGUGAUAUAAUAUUACCGCGUAUACAAAAACGUGCAGUGCUUGAAGAGAAUAACGAACUGGAACCGAAAAUAUCCUCACUCGAUGAGGAUUUAGAUGAUGAUGUGGUUAGCGAUGAAGAGGGUGGUGCAGAUCGAGAUGAUGACAAAAUUAAAUCAUCGUUUUCUUCCAAGAAAAGAUCGCGCAAAGAUCACUCACGUUCACGUUCGCGUAGUCCUGUUGCUGCGCGUGAGCAAAGAACUGGUCGUACGCGUGAUUAUGAUAAUGAGUUAGAAGAUUAUAGUCGACAACGUGAACGCGAUAGAGAUAGAGAUCGGUUUGGUGUCAGUUCGGCAUCAAGCAGUAAUCGUCAUUGGGAUGAUCGUUCUGGUGGAACAAAUAAUUAUCGUAGUGGGCGUGAUGAUUAUAGAGAUGAUUACAGGCGAGACGAUUAUAAAGAUCGGCGUUAUGACAACCGCGACUCUCGAAAUGAUCGAGAUAGAAGGCGGCAUUAAUCACUUUGUAUGUUUUGUAUGUAUGUAGUUAACUAUAAAAAAAUACACAAAAUAGUAUAAAAACAACAAUGAGUUAUAUUUUUAUUAAUUAAUUGCUAGUCUGGUACUUUAAUCCCAACACUGUAUACUAUGAUUAGGCAUUUGCACCAUCCCACGAAAGUCGGACCUAAGUAAAGGGAACGGACUCGGAUUAUUAUCUGGCCAAGGACUGUUAAUUCGGCACCAUUUUUCGAAUUUACUUCUGGAAUGCUUUCCGCCGUUACAACAACAACAUUAAGCAUUUGAAUAGUAUUCCGUUAUUAAGAUGUCUUUAAUAUAAUUUUUAUCACUUCUUUCUCGUUUCAAGUAUUUGGGAAUUUCUAUACAGGACACAUAUCUGUAUGUAUUUUUGGACUCCGGCAUUACAAUUGGAAAAACAAAAUUAAUCAAACUCUAUAUAUCAAUUUUUAUUUUAUUUUUGUUUUAUUAAAUUUCUUAAAUAAAUUUAAAAAAUAACGUCUUAAAAUUGCUAAUUUUUUGAGAAAAUCAAUAAUUUGACUUCACUGCUU